UGCAAAUUAUUGUAUUAUACCAUUUGCUACGUGUCUUUUGUCAGUAAUGUCAUAUCAAACAGAAGCAAUGACUUCCCAGCCUCAAAUGACUGUAACCAGCUACACUGUCUCACACUGGAGCUCUGAUGUCUGUGACUGUUGUGACGACUGCGGAAUCUGUCUGUGUGGGGCAUUUAUUCCUUGCAUUUUGGGUUGUAAGGUGGCACAGGAUAAUGGUGACAGCUGCUGUUUGCCCUUCCUACCCGGUGCUAUGAUUGCAUUGAGAACCAGCAUCCGUGACAGAUAUCGUAUUAAUGGCUCUGUCUGUGAUGACUGGGUGAUUAUGACCUGCUGUCCUUUCUGUGGACUCUGUCAGAUGGCUCGAGAACAGAAGGCAAGAGGCUAAUUUGAAAAGAAAAUGAAGAGGAGAGAAUGGCUAAUUUCAACAAUGUCUCGAUGGCUGGAAUUGUUUUCGUCGUCUUCUUUUUUGUUUUAUUCAAAAAUAUCAAUGCUUUAUGUGAUCCUUCAACUAUAUGUAUGUAAAAUCAUGUUACUAAUAGUUUUUACAUUAUGAAACAACUCCUAUUUUUUUGCCUUAGUUUAAUGGGUUGUCCUUUCACAGUUAAAUAUCU